CCAUUUAAAGGCACGCAUGCACACAAACAUCAGACCUCUUCACUUUCCAAAUACUCUCUCUCUCUCUCUCUCGAAAGUCUCAGGAGUCUUUCAAGACGCACUCUCUUUUCAACUAUUGCCUUCUGCUCUUUUUCAGGCACAAUAAUCUUGUAUUCUGUAGGUGAAUGCUACUACAGCAGAUCAAAUCUGGAACGCAAAGAUGAACAAAAGCACAAGCAACAAUCAGUCACCGAAAGUCGAGCGCAAAACCGUGGAGAAAAACCGAAGAAUCCACAUGAAAAAUCUCUGCUCCGAGCUUGCUUCCCUCAUUCCUCAACACAAUAUCACUACUUCUAAGCAAGAUCAGCUGGAUCAAGCUACGUCACACAUAAAGCAGUUGAAAGAAAAUAUUGAUGGGUUGAAACUGAGGAAGGAACAAGCAAUACUGCAGUCCGUAGGGAUUGACCCAAGCAGCUCUUUGACUUCAUCGAAUGAUCAGGAGGCUAAACUAGGGUUCGUGCCUCCAGUGUUUGAACUGAGAGACCACGGUUUAUGUCUGGAAGUGAUCUUGAUCAGUGGGAGGAGGAAGAACUUCAUGUUGUCUGAAGUGAUCAGCAUUCUUGAGGAAGAAGGAGCUGAGGUUGUCAGUGCCAGCUUUUCUGUUAUCGGUGAUAAGAUCUUCCACACACUCCAUGCUCAGGUGAGACUAUGUAGAGUUGGAGUAGAGACCACGAGGGCAUAUGAGAGAUUGAAAGAAUUGAUCCGCUGAUUCUCUCUCUAGAGAUCGAUCUUAUAAUGUUGCAACAACAAACAGUACGAGAAAAGACAUGAACUUGUGCCUGGAAAAAUGGUAAUCAGCAGAAGCAGAUUGGAGAUGGAACGAAAUUAAUAAUCGACGUAUAUUUUAUGUCUGUUGUAGAACUAAAGUAGCCACGACCAGCGGGCAAUAUAGUUAUUUGUAGCAAAUGUUGAAGAAGUAACCUUAGCAAUAUAAGAGGCCAACAGAGAAUGAUAUGUGUGAAAGGGUUACAUACGGUUAUUAUGUGCUGUUUGUAUACCGAUACAACUAUAUACCAAUUCUGAAGCGAUUGUGGAUCUCUAAAAUAUCCUUUUUGUACCACUCAUCAGGGAGUUACGAUUUACAUCAUGUCGAUUCACUUCGAGAAAUAAAUUGAUCUUUUGCAUAAGAGAUAAUGACACAAAUGUUCCAUGAAAUUUA